GGGAGCCCGCGGUGAGGAUUGUGAGUGGUGUGGGCUUCCUCGAGGAGGUCUUUGAGAGUGGGGAACCCUGCAGAGGGGCGAAGUAUCCGUGCUGUGGGGGCGUGCGGUCACCUUCUCUGCCGGCGACGCCUGAGGUGCGAGCGGAGGCCUUAGCGCGGGGUCCCCUACCGACCCCGGAAUCCCGGUCGGCGGAGAAGGGGUCCCCGAAGGACGCGUGAGGGCGGCGCCUCUGUGGGGACCAGGAAGCCGGACUUGAGGGCCCCUCGGCCCGCAGCCUCACCCACUGAAGCCUCGCCCAGUCGGUUGGCAUUAAGAGUUUAGCAGAUAACUGGAAACUGAUACAGAAAAUAUGGCUGGAAGUCAAAUGAACAUCUAAAGAAGAGCUUCGGUUCUUCACCAACAUUCUUUUUUAAAACAACUUGCUGCCACAAUGUCAGUAUACAAUGCACAUAAUAGAAAUAACAGGGAUGUCCUUGGUAUACCUUCUUCGCCAAAGAGUUCAUCACUGAAUGUCCUCACCCAUAGUAGCAGACGUAAGCUGCAUUUGAAUUCGGAUAUGUCAGAAUGUGAAAAUGAUGAUCCAUUAUUGAGAUCUGCAAGUAAAAUGAGAGACAUAAAUAGUACUUAUGUGAUUUCUGCCUGUAAAAAAACAGGAGAGGUACCUCUUACCCCUGACCCCGUAGGUAGAUUGGCACUUCAGAGAAGAGUUACAAGGAACAAAGAAUCAUCCUUGUGUGGCAGUGAGCUGGGAGCCUCAACUGAAAAAACUGCAGAGACACGUCUUACAUUACAACGUCGUGCUAAAACAGAAUCUGUGGAAAAGUGGAAAACAGCUCAAACAGAUUCUGUGGAAAAGUGGAAAACACCUCAAACAGAUUGUGUCAAAAAGUGGAAAAUAACACAGAAUGUGGGAAGCCCCACAGAAAAUGAUUGUGCUUCCCUGGAAGCGAGGAGAAAGGUAACAAUCAUAAAUAAUGAUAAAGACUCUUUCGCUGCACCUUUUGUACCUUUAGCCGAAGACCCAAAAGACAUUGAAAUGAUGGCUGAUGAAAAACACAAGGAAACAUUUUCUGCCCUCCCUGGGGCAAAUGAACACGUUGCACUUAAAUACUUAAGUAAUAGAGCACCCACUGAUCCCCAGAGUCAGACUAAAGUUGUUUCCUCUGGACACUUGACAACAAAGCCUCUUCAGAGCAAGUUGAACAUCAAAGUGCCAGGAACAGCAAACUUACAUCACAGAAGUAUCGGGAAGGAUAUGGCAAAAAAUUCAAAUAAAUUUGAGAGCUUAGAGAAAAGAACACCUGUGAAGUACAUUGUAGGACACAAAUGGACACCGAAGUGUGGCACGCCACAGCUUACGGGCCCAGCUGCGUCGACACUGAAAAAUAGGGUGCCAGGCCUCCAAGUUAAACAAAAGCCAAGAAGUUCUCUUCUAACAAAUGAAAGGGAAAGGUCACAAGAAAAUACACUCCCUCUUGAAGAGGAAAUGGCAGGUCGGAACACCUCUAUAGAAACAGACCCCUUAAAAGUAGAGAACAGUCAAGUGACAGUGGCAGUACGUGUGAGGCCUUUCAGCAAGAGAGAGAAGGUUGAAAAAGCAUCCCAGGUGGUUUUCAUGAAUGGGGAAGAAAUAGCUGUGGAACAUCCUGACAUGAAGCAAGUUUAUAAUUUUCUUUAUGAUGUUGCGUUCUGGUCUUUUGAUGAAUGCCAUCCCAACUAUGCUAGCCAGACAACUGUUUAUCAGACGCUAGCAGUACCGCUCCUAGAACGCGCUUUCGAAGGCUACAAUACCUGUCUCUUCGCUUAUGGUCAGACCGGCUCUGGAAAAUCAUAUACGAUGAUGGGACUUAGUGAAGAACCAGGAAUAAUUCCAAGGUUUUGUGAAGAUCUUUUUGCUCAAGUAGCCAAAAAACAAACCCAAGAGGUCAGCUACCACCUUGAAAUGAGCUUUUUUGAAGUAUAUAAUGAAAAAAUUCAUGAUCUUCUGGUUUGUAAAGGCGAAAACGGGCAGAGAAAGCAACCACUGAGAGUAAGGGAGCACCCUGUCUCUGGGCCGUAUGUUGAAGCUCUGUCAAUGAAUGUUGUCAGUUCUUACUCUGAUAUCCAGAGUUGGCUAGAAUUGGGAAAUAAACAAAGAGCAACUGCUGCUACUGGUAUGAACGAUAAAAGCUCUCGCUCGCAUUCGGUUUUCUCCUUGGUGAUGACCCAGACCAAGACAGAAUCUGUGGAAGGGGAAGAACACGAUCACAGAAUAACGAGUCGGAUAAACCUGAUAGAUCUGGCGGGCAGCGAGCGCUGUUCCACAGCUCAAGCCAGCGGAGAUCGACUGAAGGAAGGUGUGAGUAUUAACAAGUCCUUGCUCACAUUGGGAAAGGUUAUAUCUGCGCUUUCUGAACAAGCAAACCGAAAGAGAGUUUUUAUUCCUUACCGUGAAUCUGUUCUUACAUGGCUGCUAAAAGAAAGUCUGGGUGGAAAUUCAAAAACUGCAAUGAUUGCUACCAUCAGUCCCGCUGCCAACAACAUUGAAGAAACAUUAAGCACACUGAGAUAUGCCAGCCAAGCCCGAAUGAUAGUCAAUAUAGCCAAAGUAAACGAAGAUGUGAAUGCUAAGUUGAUUAGAGAAUUGAAAGCAGAAAUUGAAAAGCUAAAAGCUGCUCAAAGAAACAGUCGAAAUAUUGACCCUGAACGAUAUAGGCUGUGCCGGCAAGAAAUAACAUCCUUAAGAAUGAAACUGCAUCAACAGGAGAGAGACAUGGCAGAAAUGCAAAGAGUGUGGAAAGAAAAAUUUGAACAAGCUGAAAGAAGAAAACUUCAAGAAACAAAGGAGUUACAGAAAGCAGGAAUUACAUUUCAAAUGGACAACCAUUUGCCAAACCUCGUCAAUCUCAAUGAAGACCCUCAGCUAUCAGAGAUGCUGUUAUAUAUGAUAAAAGAGGGAACGACGACAGUAGGAAAGUAUAAACCAAACUCCAGCCACGAUAUUCAGUUAUCUGGGGUGCUGAUUGCUGAUGAUCAUUGUACGAUAAAAAAUUUUGAUGGGAUAGUGAGUAUCAUCCCAGUUGGAGAAGCAAAAACAUAUAUAAAUGGAAAACACAUUUUGGAAUCCACAGUACUACAUCAUGGUGAUCGGGUGAUUCUAGGUGGAGAUCAUUAUUUUAGAUUUAAUCAUCCGGUAGAAGUCCAGAAAGGAAAAAGACCAUCUGGUAGAGAUACCCUUACAAGUGAGGGUCCAAAAGACUUUGAAUUUGCAAAAAAUGAGUUGCUCAUGGCACAGAGGUCACAACUUGAAGCAGAAAUAAAAGAGGCACAAUUGAAAGCAAAGGAAGAAAUGAUGCAAGGAAUCCAAAUUGCAAAAGAAAUGGCUCAGCAAGAGCUUUCUUCUCAAAAAGCUGCGUAUGAAAGCAAAAUAAAAGCAUUAGAAGCAGAACUGAAAGAAGAAGCUCAAAGGAAGAAAAUGCAGGAAAUAAAUAACCAAAAGGCUAAUGACAAAAUUGAGGAAUUAGAAAAGGCAAAACAGCGACUUGAACAGGAAAUCUAUGUCAACAAAAAGCGAUUAGAAAUGGAGACUUUGGCUACAAAACAGGCUUUAGAAGACCACAGCAUUCGCCAUGCAAGAAUUCUGGAAGCUUUAGAAACUGAGAAGCAGAAAAUAGCUAAAGAAGUACAAAUACUGCAGCAAAAUCAAAGUAAUAGAGAUAAAACUUUUUUAAUUCAGACCAAUUGGAGCUCCAUGAAGCUCUCAAUGAUGAUUCAAGAAGCCAAUGCCAUCAGCAGCAAAUUUAAAAAAUGUUAUGUUUUUGGCAGACAUGAUGUAUCAGAUAAAGGAAGUAGUUCUGACACUUCUGUUCGGGUUCGUAACCUACAACUAGGGAUCUCAACUUUCUGGAGUCUGGAAAAGUUUGAAUCUAAGCUUGCAGCAAUGAAAGAACUUUACGAGAGCAAUAACAGUAACAAGAGUGAAGAUGUCUUUUGUGAUCCUGAAGAUGAAUGGGAACCUGACAUUACAAAUGCACCAGUUUCUUCCUUUUCUAGAAGGAGGAGCAGGAGCUUGAUGAAGAAUAGAAGAAUUUCUGGUUGUUUACAUGAUAUACAAGCCCACCCACUGCAGAAUUUGCAUUCUUCCCAUUCAUCAGGCAUACUGGAGAAAUCGAGCGCUAUUUACUCAAGUUCAGCAGAAUCUUUUCUUCCUGGAAUUUGCAAAGAAUUGAUUGGGUCAUCCUUAGAUUUUCUUGGACAGAGUUAUGAUGAAGAAAAAACCAUGGCAGACAGCCUGAUUAAUAAUUUCCUUAAAAUUUAUCACGGGCUAUUUGCCAUUUCCAAAGCUCAUGAGGAACAAGAUGAAGAAAGUCAAGAUAACUUGUUCUCUUCUGAUCGAGCAACGCAGUCACUGACUAUCCAGGUCACAUGUGCUUUUGAGCAGCUCGUGGUGCUAGUCAAACACUGGCUGAAUGAUAUUGUGCCUUGUGCCAGCACAGCAAGACUUGAAGAUGAAUUGAGACAAGAGGUUAAAAAACUAGGAGGCUACUUACAGUUAUUUUUACAGGGAUGUUGUUCAGAUAUCUCAUCAAUGGUAAAAGAGGCUCAAAAGAAAAUAAUCCAAAUUGUACAACAAGCUGUAAAGUAUGUGGGACAGUUAGCAAUUCUUAAAGGGAGCAAGCUGCAUUUUCUGGAAAAUAGUAGCAACAAGGCUGCCAGUGUUCAGGAGGAUUUCGUGGAUGCUCUUUGUGAUGGUGUAGGCUUAGGAAUGAAGAUUCUAUUAGAUGCUGGACUGGAAAAAGCAAAAGAACUUCGGCAUGAACUCUUAAGGCAGUGUACCCAAAAUGAGGUUACUAAACAGAUGAAAGCUAAAGCCAUGGGACUGAUUGGAUGUCUUGAAAACAUGUUUGCUGAGUGGAAAACAAAAAGUUUCAGAACUGAACUACAACAAGAAAAUUCUGGAUACCAGGAUUUGAAGAAGAUGGUUAAUCUUGCACCAGAAUUACUGAAGUUAAAACAUUGCUUGGAGCAAACUAUUCAAAUUAUUAUUUCUGCACUGAGAGGAUGCCACAGUGACAAAGAUCUUCUGAAGAAUUGUGUUGAAAGUCUUUGCAACUUGGCCAAGGAUUUUCAUGAUGACUUGAGCAUGCGCUCUACUUCUCUUGACAGCUGUGAGAAGAGAAUACCUCAAGUUGGCCACGGGGAACUAGAAUCUCUAGUCAAGUCACUCCUCUUAUGUUUUGAAUCUGAAGAAAGACCUGAUUUGUUGAAUCCCUGGGAACCUUGUAACCAAAAUACCAGAGAAGAAGGACAGCAAUCUAAAUCAAGCAGGACCGACUCCGUUAGGAGUAAAGGUGUACCAAAGCGUGUCUAUGAACUCCAUGGCUUGUUGCCAGCAGUGACCUCAGAGGACAGCACACCCAGUAGGAUUCAGUGGGUGUGAAUUCUGACAUGUAGGCACUUUAUGACCAUCCAUGUAAGAGAGGGAAAACACUGGGUAGGCAAUUUUCCUUACGUAGGAGAACAAAAAAAAGCAGGAAAUCAGCAUAAAUGUUUCAAAGAAGUCCAUAUCUGUUUGGUGGCCUUCCAUGGGGAAUGGGAAGUAUAAGCAUUAUGGAAUCCCGAUUUCAGAAUAUGCAUUCAGAAGUUUCUCGGCAGACGAUUUUAAAUAGGCAUUCACUGUAUUGGGACAUGGUGGCAAGAGAAUGAAAUUAGGAGUUCGAAAACAAGUGAAUGGUCAUUUCUCCAGUUUCUCAUUGCCUUGAAUUUUAAAGGUUUAUUUUUCACAUUGAUAUACUAUCUCUGGUUGGUUCUUUAGUUUGUAAAUGGUUACUAUAGUUAUUAUAAGUUAUUAUAAGUUAUUUUCUCAUGAGUGGAAACACAUGAAUAAUCAGUUACGUUUAUGCCUGUGCCCUCUCUCCUCUGCAAAUAGCUACGAUGAGGUUUAUGGUGAAAUUGCCAAUGUAGGUUUAGCUAGGGCAGCUUAACUUGCAUUGUUAUAUCCAAAACUGUUUUUCUUGCAAGGUUAACUGGUUGCCAUUUUGAAUAGUGUGUUCAAGGGUAGUUUCCUUUUCUUUCCAAAUAGAAGUAGUUACCUAAAUACAGGAAAAUUAUAUGUUAAUAAAAUGGCUUGCUGGUGUAAUAGGUCACAGUGUUCUCUGUGUUCCAUAAUGGGGACUGUAUGAAUAUAAUGUAAAACCAAUUAAAUAUUGCCAGAAUCACACUCACCUUCUGAAUGGGGUUAGGAAAUCAGAGGCUGGACCUUUUCUUGAUAAUGCUUGUUUUGUUAAAGGUGUAAUGAAAGAAUUUGUACGUGAUUUGGUAAAGAUUAAAGAGCCUUAUUAUAUCUCACAGUUUUAAAAAACCUUGGUUUGCAAUUAAGUAAUAUAGAGAAUAUUCUCCUUUGGGGAUCUUUUAUUAAGGAAAAAAUUUGACAUUUUUGCCCACAAGCGUAUGUGUAAUUUGGAAGACAUUUAGUGAUUCUGCUUGGGUGAUAUCGAGCAGUUCCUGGAGAAUAAUUCUUUUAAAUAAACUGAUCCUUUCAUGUGCCCCUUUCACUUGCAGGUAUCACUUGUACAUUUGGCCUGACAAGUGAAAAUUGGAUGUUAGUACCAGGAAGGAGUAAGUUCAGUCAUUUUCUUGCUGGGACGAGAUUGUAAAUAAUACCGGUUACUAUAGCCAGAGCAAUGUUAAUAAACCAUGUGCUGUGUUGCCCCGUGCUUUAAAAUGGUGCAGGGUAGCAAAUUUGCUUUAAUUUUCUUUCUUUCUUUUUUUUUUUUUUCUUUUCUUUCUGGCAUUUGAGCUUGUUUUCUGAAGUUCUAAACAUAGUUUUAAUAGUCAGUGCUCUGCCAAGUGGCACUUUUGCUAUCAAGUUUUAUGAAGUGUCGAUGUACAUGUAAGAACUCUUGCCUGACUGUUGUACUUCUUUGAAGAACUUUCUAAAGUAUCAAUACAGCAAUUUUCAUCUUAAUGUUUGGUCCUUAAUCUUUACUUCCUGCUUUCUAAACUCAUGACUUCAUUGGUCAGAAACCUAUUAGUGUCUUUGUAAAAUUUUGUGUAUAUAUAUAUAUAUAUAUAUAUAUAUUUAUACUUUUAAGUAAAUUGUUAUACAAUAUUCAAAUGAAUGAUGAAAAUAUAUUUGCUAUUAGAAUCAUGUGCACUGAUAAGAAAUGUUUUUAAAGAG